CCACCACCACCUCUUCCGGACGGCUGCCAAGGGUGUCCCAUCUCUUGGGACGUCCCUGGUGGCUCGUUCCUCGAAACCUUCCCAGUCGGCCGGUUCUCAGACGGUCACGGCGCUUUGCCGUUCACCCUGGAGAUGCCCACCUUCGACAAUCCCAAGGGGCGAGCCAAGACUUGUCAACAACAGCUCGCCACCACCGACCCCUGCUCCGAGUGUGCGGCUAUCCAUAAGGAGGUGGACCGACUUCGCCCAAUGGCUGUCAGCGCGGCUCCUCAUACCCGCUAUCAGCUUCUCAGCAUGCUUCAGCUCGGCUCGCUCGCUCGCUCGCUGCGAGCCCAGAUCAAUGACCUCAAGCUCAAUUCGCUCAACAACACUCGCCGAAUCGGCAACACGCUCGCGCGCCUCGACACCUUCAACGUGCUCUUGAUGGCCCUGGCCAAGCAUGAUGUGCCACGCGUGCACCAGCUCAUCAGCGCAGCCCGCCGUCAUGGUGACAGCCUGCACACCAUCCUCAACCGUGUCGGGGAGGCCAUCAAGACCGUGUACAGACCCCGUGGCUAUGCCAAGGAAGAUCUCGAGAUGGCUAACCUCAUCUAUCGCCUC